UUUUUGGCUUUAUAGAUAAUACGCCUGACUGUCGGGGCCAGGAGUAUUAGUCCUGUGUGUGUUUCCCCUCCUGAUAAGACGUCAUUCUACCGUUCUCUCUGGAGGAUUCUUUCUGCUCAUCUUCCUGGAGUUUGGAGGUGUACGCUUUCAUAUCAUCUGACGACAAAAACACAGUUCGUUUGACUGAACAGCCAACAGCUCUUACAGCUUCCUGAUUGAACAGCAUUGAAUACAUUUAUUGCUGUCCUGCUGUUGUUGCAUAAAUAAUUCUCAAGUCUGUAUCAACACGAUCCAGAGAAGACACUCUACUGAAUCACAUACAGCUCAAGAGACUAAAUAGUUACCUGUUAAGAUUAAAACUAAACUGAGAUUAAAAUGGACUCAGAUUAACAUAGUUGGCAACACAUCUCUCUCUUUUUUUGUUCUUGUUUAUAAUUCUUUUUUGAACGAGAGACUUAAACCAACCUUAAACAAAAAAUUGCCAACUAAAAGUUUCAGUUCUCCUUUAGUUGUUGGAUGAAACUCUCACUCGCCAUGACGGGCUGCUGUUAUCCCAUUAAGGACGCCAAGGAUCAAAAGGGACUUCUGAGCAAGCCCAGGCGGAAUCGUGGAUGUACUGAUAUCUUGGUGUUCCUGGUAUUUGUAUUCUUCAUCUGUGGCUUGAUUUUCUUAGGAGCUUUUUCAAUCAGCAAAGGUGAUCCAUUUAGACUGGUGUACGGCACAGACAGCUUUGGAAAUACUUGUGAUGAAGAUAACUCAAAGAGGGCUAUCACUGGAGUCAGUUAUUCUGGGAGAAAUCUCAAAGGAAGACCAUACUUGUUCUUCAUGAAUAUUAAAGAGCCAGACUCCUCCAUGAGAAUCUGUGUGAACAAAUGUCCUGAGAACGAUAUUCUGACACCAAGAGAGCUUUACGACUUCUCCCAGCAAACUGGUUCUCUCCUGUGUAGAUAUGACCUUGACCUAAGUGUCUACGUCACUGCUAAUGGAAGUCUGCAGGGUCCCUGCCCAGUUUUACCUAUUCACAAAAGUGAGUCCCUGUUAAACUGGUGCAUCCCGCGAGACAUGGUUGAGAUUGAUGGCUGGCAGGAAAACAACAUCGCCAACAACGUGAUAGCAUACAUCAACAAGAGCAAUGUAUUUCAGAAAGUUCUUCGGGACCUGUACGCCAGCUGGACUGUGCUAACAGCUCUCUGCUUCCUGGCAGUCGCAUUCUCCAUUCUGAUGGUUCUUCUGAUACGGUUUUUGGCUUCAGUUAUCAUUUGGCUUAUUUUGACUCUAGCGGUUCUAGCCAGCAUGGCUGGCUCUGCUUUUAUUUGGUGGACAUUCAUUAGCAAUAAAAACAAACUGGACAUGGAGGAGACUCUCAGAGUUCCGCUACUAGAAGUGGAUAUAAACAGCGAAAAUUCUUUUCUCCUAUUCUCUGUAGUGUCCACAGUUCUAACGAUCAUCCUGCUGUUGAUUUUGGUUGCUAUGAGAAAGAGGAUCUCCCACGUGGUGCUCCUGCUCAAAGAGGCUGGCUCUUGUGUCUCUGAACUGCCGCUACUGCUGCUUCAGCCUCUGUGGACUCUGUUGUUGCUGAUUAUGUUUUUUGUGUACUGGGUCACAGUCCUGGCUUACCUCUCCACAUCAGAAACACCUACAGUGAAUGAGCACAGCUAUGUGAUGUUCACGAAACAUGAGACCAUCACUUACUUCUGGUGGUACCAUCUGGUUGGUCUGAUCUGGGUCAGCGAGUACAUUAUUAAUUGCCAGUCAUUUGUCAUCUCAGGAGCAGUAGCUAGAUGGUAUUUUACAAGAGACAAAAGCCAGUUGGGAUUUCCCAUAUUGGGAACUAUUGGCAGAUUGAUUGUGUUCCACCAGGGCUCUGUGGCCUUUGGUUCCUUACUAACUCUGGUGAAACUCCCCAAAAUGAUGCUUUUGUUCAUUACAAAAAAGUUAAAAAGUUGUGACAACUGUUGUGCCCAAGGAUGUGCCCAGGGCUGCUGUUGCUGGUGUGUAGAGAAGUGCCUCAGAUACAUUAACACCUAUGCCUACUGUGUAGUUGCUAUCAGUGGGAAAAACUUUUGCACAUCAGCUAAAAAGAGUUACUACAUCUUAGUUAGCAACACAUUUAAACUGUCUGCCAUGAACAGUGUCUGCCAUUUGGUAAUGCUCAUUACAAAAGUAGCAGUCAUGGCAGCCACAACAGCAGUUAGUGUGAUUUGGUUCAAGAGUCAGGAAGACCUUCACUUCUACGCCAUUCCUGUGCUGGUGGUAGCUGUAUUCUCUUAUUACAUUGCUCAUUGUUUCUUAUCUGUUUAUCAGUUAAUUAUUGAUGCCUUGAUGUUGUGUUACUGUGAAGAUAGAGAUAUGAAUGAUGGUUCUUUGGAGAGACCUUUCUGUGGCAGCAAAGGCUUUAUGAUUCACAUGGCUGAGUGCAGUCAAGCCUUUAAUGACCUCGUUAGAAGCCAGCAGAGGUCAAGUUCAGAGCCAGAAUCAGAACCCGCCCAGGUCUGACCCUAGGCUCAGAGCUACUAGUGUGUCUGGAUGUGCAAGAAAAAAUGUGUAAUUCUGUGUAGAGAUGUGUUGCUGCUGUUUUGAUGGAUGGACACACACAAAAGUGUGUAGUGUGUUAUGUAAAUAGUGGAACCAUGAUUGUUACCUUACCCCCUCCAUUUCAACUGUGCACAUUCUGAUGUGAUGCUUGUAGACAUUAGUGGAAGCUUAUGUGUAGUGCACCUUGUACAACGUAUCUGGGAAGGAUAAGAUUUGACAGAUGAACUUUGUUGGCUGGAUAAGUACAUACACUGUGAUGGUGAAAAGAUAAUUGUAGCUUUUCUCAAGUCAGGAGGACAUGCUGACAAACUUAGUUUCAGAGCAGAACUUUAAGAUGAACCGCAGGGAAAGAUGUGAAUGUGCACUAUUCAAAUAAUUGGACAAUUAUUAUUUAGAUUGUUUUGUUUUUUUUAAUUGUUUUUUUUUUUAGUUGUUUUCAGUUGUUGUCAUUACAUAAAGUGUUAGUAGUUUUAAUAGUGGAGGUGUAAAAAUUUUUUGUGGAAAACAGAAAAGGAAUAAUCCUAACUAUAAUUAUAUGAAUAUAGAAAUACUAGAGAAUGCCAUUUUCAGAAAGUAAAGGGUAAUUCCUCCUUUCUUAAAAAUCCUGUUUAUUGACAGAAGCCAAAACUUUUACAAUAUCUUUAUUUUUGUAUCAGCUAGAAUUUUUUAUCACAAAAUAGCUGAAGAUUUAAUCAUGAUGUUGUUUUUAUUUGAUGUAAGAUGAUCCGCAGAAGGGUACAAAUUUGAGAAAACUGUGAUAUUGUGGGGAACUAUUUCGUGUGAUCUUUUAAGUUGGUCAAAACUAAUUAGUUUAAAAGAUUUGUAAUUGUAUAUUAUGUGGCAAAAUUAGUUUACAAUAAUCAGUAUUUAAAAAAUGUUGAUGAGAUUCACCUUUUAAAGUAAAUACUAAAAAGCUUUUAAUUUUUGGAAAUCCAUUAUUAGAUGGUAAAGUUAAUUAUUUUAAAAAAUCUUGUCCCUUUUUAUUAAAAAUAGAAUAGGCAUUUUUUGCAUCCAGCUUAAAAGCUGUAGACAUUAGAGCUAACUUAUGUAUCAUUCUUAAUUCAACAACAGCUUAUUCUCAUCUUGUGUGUAAAAAAAAGAACUGUGAUAAAUUAAUAGUACAAUUUAUUAACAUUUUCUUGUUGGAACUUGAGGUAAAUGAGGCUGAUAAUGUUCACCUGUUUUCUUGGUUAAUUUUUCAAAAAGGUGUAGUAUGCCAGCUCAGUGAGAAAUAAGUACCUUUGUUUACCACAUCAAAUACCAAGUGCAAUCUCUCAAAUCUAAGGGGUUCAAAGGAUGUGAUUAGGAUAGUGGAUUUUUGUUUCUUUACUCUAAGUUGAGCAUAAUUUUAGUUUUAUAACUACAUGAUAGAACUGAGAAAUAUUAGUGACAAUAUUAUUACUUUCAACUUGUCAAUGUUAUGAAGGAAAAGACUUUAUUGUUGUAACUGUACAGCUUUGUAAAUAUUGUGCAUAGACGUUCUAUUUUGUUUUCUUUAAUGUUCUAUGUAUGUUGUCCUAGACCUGAUUAGAAUUUAUUACAUUCAAAUUCACAUGUAUUGGUGCUGGUCGCCAAUGGUUAUUGAUGAUGAUUCAGUAUUUCCUUAAUGUGAAUGUUUACUCAUUACCAAGCUGCAUGCAUAAUUAAUUGAUGUAAUAUUGUUGACAGUUUAUAUGCAUAAAAUAACUAAGUUUCUCUUAGUUGCAUUCUUAUAGCUAUGCCAGUUUUCACUUUGAUUGGGUUCUAUACUGUAGUGGACUUCAUAUUGUUAAGUUUGUAAUGUACUUUCAAAACUAAUGUUCCCAAGGCAAUGCUGUGUUUCUUUUCACAUCAUUUAAGGAGGUUCAAAGUUUUUCUGACCAAUAGUUUACAUGAGCAUUAUGUGGCAAGCCACAGGCUUUCCCCCAGCAAAGGAGAGGUCACUCCAUCUCUAUGUGGCAAGCAUAUGUCAGAUACCCAUUUGGAUGAAUUAAGCAUUGACCUCAAAACCUGUGUUAUCAAGCCCUGGUUCUUUGGCUCAUGGGUUGGCCAAAAUGUCUUAUCUAGCUGUGCUGUGGUCAACAAGUCAUGUAAACUAGAACUGUGAUCUAUAGGGCAGAUGAUGUUACGGUCAUCUGUUUCUUUGGACUAGGGUUAACAAGCAAGGUAUCAUGUGACCAGCACACUGACCAACUGCCUUUACUUUCCCCAACUAAAGUUAGAUACCCAUUAGAAUUCAAAACCCCAGUCUUUAUAAAGAUUUGAGCCCAGGGCCCCAGGUUUGGAAGCCGAACGUUUAACCACUCAGCCACAGCACCCCCAUGAACAUACCAUUAUCAGCUCUUUAGACCAACCUAUAGCAAUAAUAAAUCUUGCGUUAUAUUUUAUUAGAUUUUAUGUACUACCCUUUUAGUGUCUGUGAUUGUUACUAGGUUCCCAAACGUUGUUACUCAUGUCAAUGUAUUGAACUGUACAUUUGAUGAUUUCUACAUUCAGUGCAAUAGCUUAAUGUCUCCAUUCUGCCAUCAUUUCAAUGGCUCAAACCAGUCAGCCAAAAUUUCUUCAUUUGCUAAAACACUGCGCUCAAUGCUGUACAGAGAGAUGUGUGUUUGAUUUAUAUUGAACUCUCUGUUGUUGUGUGAAUCAUCUUGGUGCCAGCUCUGGGGACCACUGGACUACAUUUAUGUGCAAACAAAAUAUAUUUAUUUUUAUACUUGUUUGAAGUGGACAUUGACUUGUAUCUAAAGCAACUCUUGAGUGAGAGACAAUAUUUAUCAUACUAUUUUCUGAGUUUUAAUUUUGGCUUUUCUAUAUUAACUGUAAUUAUUUAGUUUUUAAUAGCAAUAAGACUUUCAAUUUGUUACAAAUAUUUUUUUUUAUUCUUACAAUUUUUUUUUUCUUUCAAAAUAUUCUAUCACACCUUAUGAGUGUCUUUUCGGUAGCCACCUCAGAGUUUGUGUGAAAACACAGACUCUCUUUGUUUUUAAAUUUAGAAUUUCAGCUGUUUUCUUUUUAUACUAAUUAUCAUGCUUUUUUUCUUGCUCGAUUUUUAUGUUUAAGAUUCCUAUAAAGUUUUUUUUUUUAGUUUUUAUUGUGAAGAGCUGCCUACAAGAAAGAAAGUUGAACCUUGACCUUGUAAAUAUUGUAAAUGGUAAACUAAAAAUAAAUUUUUUAUUUAAGAAAAGAGAAAUAUUUAUUGAAUGCAAAUUGAACGAUGUUUUAGCUUUUGUUAAAUUAUAUAUCUAAAAUAUAAUCUUAUACACUUAUGCAAUGUGAGCAGUAGGGAUGGCUGUGAGAUAAGAGGACUGUGAUUUAAGUUUGUGCAACUGUGAUGUGAAGUUCUUAGUCGUUUCUAUUAGUAUAAUAGCAUUGAUCUUAAAAAAACUUAGUAUGCUGGACAUAAAACUUUAUUGCUGAUGUCUUCUCCUUUAAAUUUUUGUUUGUUGGGCAGUUACCAAGAUUCACUAAUUUAGCCGGUUUAAAUUAUGAGUGAAUCUAUAUAUCUUCUUAACAAAACAAAAUCUGCUUUGAAAUAUAGGCCAACUUGAAACAUAUAUAGUGUUUCUUUUUUGGUGUGAAAUGGGUUUAGUGUGGGUCUACUGGUUAUUUUUGUUUUCAGAGUUAUCUUUAAAAUUAUUUGAUGAUUGUAAGAACAAAAAAAGUCAAGAAGUCCUUGGUGACUAUGAAUGGUGUAAAUAUUAUUUUAGAAUGAAAAGAGUGAAACUGAUGAAUGCACUGUUUUCCCAUUGCUUCUGUUACUUGAUCAGAUGUUUUGUUAUACAUGUGGUUGACUUCAACAUUCAAAUAUCGCAAAAUAUAUUUGUGUUCCUGGAUCACAUGAAUGAAAUUAAACAUAUUUUUAAAAGCUUAA